AUGGGCCUGUGCGUCUCUGGAGAAAAGGCUGAUUAUGAAGGUAUAGCGCGUUACGACGGACAAACGUGUCUUGGUGUCAGACACGGAGAAGGAACGUAUCUCUAUCAAAAUGGCGACAUGUAUAAAGGACAAUGGAAAUGGAACCAAAAACACGGGCAUGGUGUUUAUACGCAUAAAAACGGAGAAGUGUGAGUUUAUUUUACGUUCAUUGCUGUUUAAUGACUAGUUUUGUCGAUGAAAACGGCUCAGUGUCGUGUUUUCAUUGUGUUAUUUACCUGAGAAUAAAGAUAUGUAGCGCGCAAAUAAACGUAUUAUUCCUGGGGUAUUAUUCAGAUUGUUACAAGAUCAGUUUUGGAUAUCUCCUUUUAUAUCUCCGCGUUUGCUGUUUCUGAAAGAUGCCACGUAAUUAUUAUUUUAAUUGUAGUGAUUUCGAAAUACGAAGAAUGUGAAAAAAAUCAUCCUCUAUUUCGACCAAAGAAACCGCGGUAAAUUUGUACAGGCCCAUCUCUCAUUUUUGUAUGGCUGUUUUAAAACUGAGACGGAAAAUGUAUUUUGCGGUUUGGUAUUUUAAUGCUCCGGUAUGUUUUAUUAUGUUUGUUUUCCAUGUGGGCAUCAGUUCUAUUUUAGACAAAGCAAAGAUCACGUUCAAACCCGUGAUAACCAGGGGAUUGCCACAUACAUAUUCACCAUUUCUGUAUCAUUUGUAUUUACAUUUCUCUUAACUUCCCGUCAUUAAGGCGCUGUGUCCCUGUGUUAUUUCAUGUUUGUUGUUGUCGCAUUACGGGAAAACUCAGGGUGUUGUCAGAAUAAUUAAGAAGAACAAGGAAAAACUCCCAUGCUAAUUUGAUAAAUUGAGAAAAUGUAGAGCGGAAGUUGUUCUGAUCUUGCGUGACAACAAUCCUUGAUAAGUAUUGAACAGAUGAGGCCUGAUUUCUUUUUCUUGCCAGCCCUCUCCAGUCAGUUACUCUGAUUUUAUAUCAUACUUCAAAGUACCUAAAUCUUUCCAAUACUUUUUCUGUCAGUAAUUCAUACUUGACAAAGAAACACAAGAGUGUCAUUUCAGCGUUCCGCUUACUGUUACCGCAGUUCGUCUUCCCGGUCUUCCCAGAAAAACCCUAGGGGCACUCAACAACGGACUUAUGGAUUGAGGUGUACUGCCGAAGGCCUAAAACCCUGACCCUGUUUGAGACAAAAAUCGUUCACUUCGGGACCCUGUUUAAAACAAGAGACCUCAUGUGAUGACCAUUAUUCAUUUGGUAUAGACUGUUUCUUAUACUAACGUUAUGGGGGAAUUGUUGGUAUCACAAAUUUAAUUUGACCGCUCGUCGCCAACCCUUCUCACCCAUUUAAAGGUUUCCGGUCCACAGGGAUACCCUGCUCAAGACACUAAAUGGUGAAAAUGUAUGGCCAAGACCCCGAAAAACAGUACCCUGUUCAGCCGCACGUAUCCAUUUAGGCCAAGUAAGGCUGUGCCCCCCUCCCCCCUCGGGCUCGGGGGGUAGAAGGACCGGUAGGAAGUCAGCAAGAAGUUCACAUGACUGACUGCAACAGGUGCUUAAAAAACGGGAGGCAAAUGUGAGGGAUCUCCUCUUAGAAGGGUGUGGAAUCGCGUCUCCUCCUCACUGACGAUCUGCAUAAAGAGUUCCCGCAAACUUUCUCCUCUCAAGUAGAAAACUAGUGUAAAUAAGAGACUACAAGGCCAGGGAUAAGUGCAUUUUGACAGAGCAAUCAGAUGUACAAUAAUUUUAUAGAGUGAUACUGGUUAACGUGUUUUUCCCCUCUGGAUAUGUUGUUUCACUUAUCAGUGCAUUUCUAGAGCAUGCAGCUCUAACAAAACGCCGGUUUCUUAUUAACAUUGCAUGAUCUAGGACUGCAUCAGCCUCCUCCUUAGGCGCUUCGUUUUGCGCAUGGCAGAGGCGAGCGCGAAACGCGAGUGACUGGUGAUGAACCGCAAGGGACCAUUCCCGCCUUCCUUUGCGCGCACAUCGAAGAGAGACGUCUGGGUACGAGGCAGGGACUGCAUGUUGCAAUUCCAGUUAAACGCAAUUUCCUUUCCCAGCAAGACAAACCAGUCUUUAACAACCGCAAAAGUUAGUUCUCGCAAAAUACUAAAAGUACCGAUCCGCACCCGGAUCUACCUCCCCUUGUUUGUUCCUUUGUUACAUUCCUACUAUUGAACCUAAAGUUAUGAUAGAAGCCUUUAUUUAAAAUAAAGGCGUCGAACCUAUUGUUAUGUAACCAUGCAUCGUAAGUUUCUUUAGUUCGUUUGGAUCCAGCAGAACCCUAGCUAGGCCCAAUUCCCUUCCCUGGAAGGGAGUACCGCGGACGCAUCGAGACGACUGAGAACAUCAAUGAUUGAUAAAAAUAGCGUCUCACGGACUAAGAAAGAAGACAGACUGUUCGAGUAGUCUAUCGAUGUUGUAAUAAAAAGUGUAAGUAGUUUGGUUAUGUGAGGUAUCCGUUUAGUCUAAUAACUUGCAUAAACUAAAGAAUAAAACAGGUCUUCGUUAUUUUUUCUUUCACCUGACACAGAGAACAAGGUUUUUUCUAUCGCGAUGAAUACAUAGGAAGAGAAUCUGGCAACUUAUUCGCCGCCUCGACGUGUUGUUGUUUAGGAGGGGUCUCGUCCGCUCAACCACUCAUGAGUGAGGAAGAGAAAAGGUAUGCCCAUUCAUUGAAGUCUUAAUUCACUUUUUCAUCUUCUUUUCAUCCACCUGUUCUUCCGAAAGUCCAUUCCUUCGUUUGUUCGUUCGUCCGUUCAAUCGUCCAGUCCUUUUAUUCACUGAUUAAGUGAAUGAGUGAGUGAGUNAGUGAGGAAGAGAAAAGGUAUGCCCAUUCAUUGAAGUCUUAAUUCACUUUUUCAUCUUCUUUUCAUCCACCUGUUCUUCCGAAAGUCCAUUCCUUCGUUUGUUCGUUCGUCCGUUCAAUCGUCCAGUCCUUUUAUUCACUGAUUAAGUGAAUGAGUGAGUGAGUGGAUGUUUGAAUUCUUCAUUCAUUUAUUCAUUUGUUCCGUUCUUCAUUUUCUCACUCACUUGUUCAUUAUGAUUCUUCCCCAUUUUGGGCUGGCACGAAAAAUAGAGGUCGCUCGCGCUGUCCGUGAUUAGAGGAGAAGGGAUGGGUGGGUGGGUGGGGGUUAAGGAGUUCGGGGGUGAUGGAGCGUAAGAAAUUGGUCACAUCCCCAGGAACAGCAAAAAAUGAAGAAACGAAGCAGCAUCUUCUUUAUCUUCCUGUGAUUUUCUACCGCGUCAAUGAUUCUAUAAGAUGUGAGACAUUGUUGUUAUUAAUAUAUAAGUAUAGGAUAGGUCGAUUCCACUAAAACAUUUUUAAAACUAAGUGGUCAUUUGCCAAAUGUAUUAACAAUUACUUUGCUGUUUAGGAAUCAGGAAAGAAUGGAGGCUGAGAGACAAAGAGCGGAAGAACGUGAAAGGAGACGGGAGGAAAGACAGCAACGUAGAGAUGAAUUACGGCAGAAAUAUAACCUCUAA